GAAGAUCAAGAUGGACAUUGGGGAGAGGAGGAAGAGGAGGAGGAAGUCACAGAGCUUCAAACUCGUCACGGAUGAAGAAUUUGGACCCUCAUAUGUGACUCAUUCCAGCAGCAAGGACGCUAAUGGAGAACAAGAUGCGGCUGUUCCAGAUGUUUGGCUGGGGGAUGACAGCAUGGAGAUCAAGAGGCAGAUCACGGGCAUGAUGUGGCUUCUGGGCGACAGGACGGGCAGGGUGUAUCAACGUGCGGAAAAAGAGCGGGACAGCUCAUCGACGACGGACAACACGACCCGGCGACAGUCCGCACCUUCCACGCCGCUCCAGAGUGGUCCCACCUGCGGCACGCUCUCCAAAGAUCCCAGAACCGUCAACAACACCCAGGAUGUGUUCAAAGUGGAUGACGCUCCCGUUACAAAUCACACAGACGCGGUGCCGGAACCAGUCGCGCCAGGGCCCCCCCGCUGCAUGUGCAACUGCGAGGGCACUUUGCGGGCCAUAUUACGGGAGCUGCGUGCCAUGCGGCGGCUGAUGCAGACUCGGAGAGUGUCCUAUACGCGGACAACUGCAUAUUGCUGGGCUUCGAAAACCACUGGUGUCGACAUACGGAUAGACUGUGAAGUCACCGUGUCGUCAGCGUCACCACAGCAGCCCUGCCAACCUCGCCUGGGGCCCGUCCUCGCUGCUAAUCACAGACCCCGGAAGAGGAGAUCGGUGUUGAAAGCGGCAAGAAAGGCGGCUCCUUCCCCUGCGGCGACAACGCCACUCACUGGUGAACCCGCAGAAGCUGCAAAAGAGGAAGACUCAGGGAAUCCUUUUCUCCUACCCGACGACUCCUCUGAGAGCUCUGUGCGGCAAACUCAGAGUAACGCAGGAAGUGCCAACAGCACAAGGCCAACGAAGGCACUGCAGGCUAUUGACAUACAGUCGGAAGUGCGUCUUGCCGAGGAUUACGACGUGUUUAUCUCCAAGGCUCAGCUAGAGUCCAUCCUGGUCAACUAUACACGCUCUGGAAGCCUCCUCUUCCGGAAACUGGUGUGUGCCUUCUUUGAUGAUGCUACCCUGGCUAACUCCUUGCCAAAUGGGAGAAGGAAGAGAGGAGUUAAUGACAACAGGAAAGGCCUGGACCAGAAUAUCGUUGGUGCCAUUAAAGUUUUUACAGAGAAGUACUGCAGCGAGCACAGAAUAGAGAAGCUGCCUGGUCCACGAGACUGGGUUCAGAUCCUUCAGGAUCAAAUCAAACUUGCCAGGCGGAGGCUGAAAAGGGACGCUGCACAAGAAGCCGUAAACGGACCCUCAUCAAGUGCGACAUCAGCAUGCCAACAAGAGUGGGAGAGGCACUGAUGGACAUGACCAGACUGUGACCACUGACUGUUUACAUUACUUUUUGUACUUCAUUACGAAUUCACAGACCAACAAGAGUCAAAGUUGCACUGCUAGAUCGUGCCUUUUUUUAAUGACCUGUACAAGUGGGCGUGAUGUACAGUAUAGUAUUGCAUCCACCUUCAUUGUAAAUAUCAUAAAGGGGUGGUGCCAAACUGCACAUGCAGGAGGGCAGAGUAGUAAUGUCAAAAAGGUAAAAUGGUAUCAGUGUUGUGGUAUCGGUACAGUAUUGGCAUCCAUAGCUAUCCAGAAGAUGAGCUGCACUGUGUUUGUUAACACACCGGGCUUUUAGCAGUUACACUUCUUCCCCUUACCUAAUAUGUUCUAUAGACUAUAUCCUAACAAUCGCCCUGUCAUAUUGCACAGUUAUGCCAGUCAAGGACAAAUUGUGGCAAGCUUUCGCUGGUCCAAUAAGACUGAUGUGGAGAGCUGGAUCUGGCCCCCGAGCCUCAGGUUUGGCACCUGUGAUGUAAACGUUAAUAUAGUUCAUGUCUAAUAUCAGAUUUUUCACAGUUUAAAGUGACUCAAUUGGUUGAAUUUAUCCUAUUCAUGUCAGUAUAUUGUACUUGCUGACAGCAUCACAUAUCAGUGCUCUUGUCUAUAAUGAAAACUAAUUGUGCAUCUUACUGUCCACCUCGAAUUAUCAAUAAAGCUGAAUC